UGCUUGCGCAUCUUCACCCGUGUUCGAUACAUUGGACGCCAGCUGGGAUGGGAGGACUAUGCAAUCGUCUGUUCCAUGCUAACGGCCAUUGUCACAACGGUUUUACAAGUUCUCCAAGUAAAAGCUGGCAAUGGCAAACAUAGCAUGUUUGUCGAUUAUCCAAAGGGAGUCGACCGGAUACUGAAGUUUCUCUUUGCGAGUAUCAUCAGCUACAACACCAGUCUUACCUCGACCAAGAUUUCCAUCUUGUUGCAAUACAGACGCAUAUUUGCAGUGCGUGAGCUGCGCAUACCACUCAAUGUUGUCAUGAGCAUAUGCGUCGUUUGGGGCCUGGUGACGGUCGUCAGCUCCAUCUUCGCAUGCGUGCCAGUGAGCGCCUACUGGCAUAUCCUGGAGAGGCCAAAGGCGAAGUGCGUGGAUGAGAAGAUCAUGUGGUACACCAACGCCGCAGUCAAUAUCUUCACCGACCUUCUUUUGGCCUUCCUCCCCGUACGCGUCAUCGGGAAUCUGCAUAUCGCGAGGCGCCAAAAGAUUGCACUCGUGGGGAUUUUGACCAUAGGAUGGUUCGUGUGCGUGGUGUCUGUUCUCCGCCUCCAUGCUCUCAUACGCCUUCAGGGACAUAUGACGGACAACACGUAUUACAGCGCGCCGGCUGCCUACUGGUCCAAUAUCGAGAUGAACCUCGCCAUUGUUUGCGCAUCGCUACCAGCACUCAAACCACUCAUUGUCAGGAUCAUACCAGCCUUCUCGUCAUCCCACGGUGGCAGCAACGGAUAUGGGUCCCGGUUCACCAGCGGGGGCCAUACCAAGCGAACAGAAACCGGCCAUGGUGUCAGCAGCACAGCGAGGCACACAAGAGACGAUGGCAUUGAGCUGGAAAGGUCACCCGGCACGCCGGCGCCAGACAAAGGCAGCGAUGGGGAGAGCCUGGGCAAGAAUAUAUACGUUUCUCGACACUUUGAGCAGCACUACGAAGACUGCUCGCGGACCAGUGACAGCGAGAGCCAGAAGGACCUUGUGCAGCAACACUGAGCAUGGCGUACAUAGGUUUAGCUAGACGAAU